AUGAAUGGCUUUUCAGACAGAGGACUCGACGACUCCAAUUUCGGGGAGAGCAAGGCUUCCAGCGUCGUAAAAUCCUUCGACGCCUUUCCCAAGACGAAACCUUCUUAUACACAACGCACAGAAUCAGGCGGCGUCUGGACCGUGGUGCUGAUCGUCGCAUCGUUAUUCCUGGGAUGGAGCGAGCUGUCGAGAUGGUGGGUGGGAGAGACUACACACACGUUUGCGGUGGAGCAGGGAGUCGGCCAUGAUCUGCAGAUCAACCUCGAUGUUGUAGUUGCGAUGCAGUGCAGUGACUUGCAUGUGAAUGUGCAGGACUCGUCGGGAGAUCGCAUCCUUGCUGGGUCGGCGCUGAAGAAAGACGCUACGACUUGGAGACAAUGGGGUGGAAGGUCGCAUGCUCUUGCCGCGGAUAAGGAUGAGCGGAUUCGGAGUGGGUAUGAUGGCAAGGGAGCAGAGUAUGACGAGGAGGACGUACACAACUAUGUUGGCGCAGCAAGGAGGAAGAAGAAGUUCAAGAAAACGCCGGGUCUGCCAUGGGGAGCGCAGGCGGACAGUUGCAGGAUAUACGGCAGUAUGCAUGGGAACAAGGUGCAGGGAGACUUCCAUAUCACUGCCAGAGGGCAUGGAUACAUGGAGUUUGGCGCUCAUCUUGACCACAGUACAUUCAACUUCAGCCAUACGGUCAACGAGCUUUCGUUUGGCCCCUUCUACCCGUCCUUGACCAACCCUCUCGACAACACGGUAGCAACCACAUCCGAUCACUUUUACAAAUUCCAGUACUACCUCUCAGUGGUCCCAACCAUCUACACGACCGAUGCGAAGACACUCCGCAAGAUCGACAAGCACCACGAGUCACCUUCAUCGGGCGAAGAUGGACUAAGCCAAUACCCACACCGUUAUAACAAGAACACCGUCUUUACGAACCAGUAUGCUGUGACGGAACAGUCUCAUAAAGUGCCAGAGAAUGCCGUGCCCGGUGUUUUCAUCAAGUUCGACAUCGAGCCAAUAGGUCUUACCAUCGCCGAGGAAUGGAGCUCGAUACCAGCUCUGCUCAUACGGCUGGUCAACGUUGUAUCUGGACUACUUGUUGCGGGCGGCUGGUGUUUCCAGAUCAGCGAGUGGGCAAAAGAGAUUUAUGGCCGCAAAGGCCGGAGGCAAGAUAGCUUCGGUAUGCUCAACGGCGAACACGAUGAGAAAAGAGGUCUAUAG